AUGAGCAACGCAGAAGGGACAGGUCGGGAUUCUCAUGCCUCUGAGUCAACUCGGCUACUGCAAAAUGACUACUUAAGCACGCGAUAUAGCAGUAUCGUGAAUAAAACACAUAAUGUCGACGAAGAUGUUACAAUUGCUGUCUUAGGCUCAAUAUCUCAAGAUUUGGAUAUUGAACCGGACCUUGAAAGGCUCCCGUCAGCCAGCUCUGCAAAAAGGAACAAUCAUGCACAAGACGAUGAUGCGUGCAGCACAUCGAGCGAAGAAGACAGCUAUGUUGGGAGAUUCAUAGAUGUAACGCCCACUCGGUUCUGGCUGAUUUUCGCUGGUGUCAUGAUGGGCUAUGCUAUUGGCUUCUUCGAUUCCACUCUCAUGGCCUCCAGCCAUCCGGUCAUUACUUCUUAUUUCCAUACCUCAAACGCUGCAUCGUGGCUGUCUACUGCAUUUCUUCUGACUUCAACUGCAUUCUUGCCUCUUUUCGGUCGCAUUUCUGAUACAUUUGGCCGUAAACCUGUGUAUCUCUUUUCAAUCGUCGUCUUCUUCUUCACGACCGCUUGGUGUGGUCUGGCCCAAAGUAUUGGUAGUUUCAUCGCUGCUCGGGCUGUCUGUGGACUCGGUGCUGGAGGUGUUUUCUCCAUGGGAAUGAUUAUCUCUAGUGAUCUAGUGCGCAUCGAAUAUCGCGGUGUCUAUCAAUCAUAUAUAAACAUGUCUUAUGGCACCGGCAGUUGUUUGGGACUCGCAUUCGGAGGGUUUCUCUGUGAUAAAAUUGGCUGGCGGGGUGCUUUCCUCAUUCAGCUACCUUUUAUAUUCGUCUAUCUCAUCACCGCCAUCUUUACCGUCCCAUCAGGCCUGGGUGUGAAACGGAUCGGCUCGGAGCGUAUGACAGUGUUGCAACUCAUUAAAAGUAUUGACCUGACUGGCUCUCUGAUCCUGGUCCUAGCAGUCACUUCUUUGAUCCUGGGUUUGAAUUUAGGAGGAAAUGUAUUCCCCUGGAAACAUCCGUUGGUCAUUGGAUCAUUAGUUGCGUCAAUCAUCUUGUCUAUUGUGCUUGUACGAUAUGAGCAACACGUGCCACGAGCUGUGCUACCAGUUGACUUGCUCAAACAGGACCCUCGUGCUAGUAUCAUUUUCGGUAACUUUUUCGGGGCAAUGUCGGUCAACACCAUGAUGUUCAAUGCUCCUUUAUAUUUUCAAGCUGUGAAGUUAGCUAGCCCCACUGACUCGGGCUUGCGACUUGUGGCUGCAUCAAUCGCCGUUACCAUAUCUAGUGUCGGGACCGGGUUCCUUAUCACCUGGUCAAAGCGCAUGAAGCCCACUAUCAUCAUUGGUGGCGUCUUCAUGCUUCUGGGUGGAUGUGCUGCCGCGUCAAUGGGCGUCAACACUCCACAAGCCCUUGCCAUGAUCUGUGUUUCUUUGUCCAGUCUUGGACAAGGGUUUGCGUUUCCUUCAUUGAUGGUCUCAGUACUCGCCACGAGUGAUCAGGAAGACCAGGCAGUCGCUACAACAACUCUUGGUCUGGCGCGGAAUCUAGGUUCCGUGAUGGGAGUUAGUGUCAGUAGUUGGGUUUUCCAAAAUGUCCUCAUCUAUCAACUUGAGCAUAAUGUCACUGGCGAGGCAAAGGAUCACAUUAUUGGUCUUGUUCGCAAGUCGAUUCGUGCAAUUGUAGAUCUAGACCCUGAGCAUCGGUUGCAAGUGAUCAAUUCAUACGCCUUUUCACUCCGUCUUACCUUCCUAUCUGCUGCAAUUUGGGGAACUAUUAUGUUACUGAUGCAUAUCCGCCUUCGAGUACCGCGGCUGGCGCGUAAGGCAUGA